CGCUGCUCGUGCAGCCAGGCCACUCCCGUGAGCGCGAGACUACCCCGUUCCGGGGCGCUUUGCAUUCUCUUGCUGUGUGUGUGUGUAUACAGUGUGUACGCAGCUGUGCUCUCUUGCAGAGUGUGUUUUUUUCACCAUCCUCCGGUGGAGGGGGCCCGUGCAACCGACUACAGCAUGUAGGACCUGGAUCACCUCGGUGUCUCGAGACGCGUUCCCCCGGGAUUAAACGGAAAAACGGAUUAUAUUAUCCAUUGUUUAUGGACUAUUAUUAACGGACGCCAAACAGGGAUCUAACGGGGGAUUUUAACAACUGGAUAAGGGAGGGGAGAGGGGGGUUCUCCUCGGUAAAUGAGCGGAGAGGAAGCUUCCAUUUUGAGAGAGAAUCAUGGCGAGCGACUCCCCGGCCCGGAGUCUGGAUGAGAUAGACCUGUCAGCACUACGGGACCCAGCUGGUAUAUUUGAACUAGUGGAGUUGGUGGGAAAUGGAACCUACGGUCAGGUCUACAAGGGUCGCCAUGUCAAAACUGGCCAGCUUGCCGCUAUCAAAGUUAUGGACGUCACUGGCGAUGAGGAAGAGGAGAUUAAAGCAGAGAUCAACAUGUUGAAGAAGUACAGCCAUCAUCGGAACAUUGCUACCUACUACGGUGCCUUCGUCAAGAAGAACCCUCCUGGCAUCGACGACCAGCUAUGGUUGGUGAUGGAGUUCUGUGGGGCGGGCUCGGUGACAGAUCUGAUUAAGAACACCAAGGGAAACUCUCUGAAGGAGGAGUGGACUGCCUACAUCUGCAGAGAGAUCCUCAGGGGUCUGACCCAUCUCCACCAACACAAGGUCAUCCACAGAGACAUCAAGGGUCAGAACGUCCUGCUGACAGAGAACGCAGAGGUCAAACUGGUGGACUUUGGAGUGAGUGCCCAGUUGGACCGUACGGUGGGGAGGAGGAACACGUUUAUAGGGACGCCAUAUUGGAUGGCUCCUGAAGUCAUCGCCUGCGACGAGAACCCUGAGGCAACCUACGACUUCAAGAGUGACCUGUGGUCUCUGGGUAUUACGGCUAUAGAGAUGGCAGAAGGAGCACCGCCACUGUGUGACAUGCACCCAAUGAGAGCUCUCUUCCUCAUCCCCAGAAACCCCGCCCCCAGACUCAAGUCUAAGAAGUGGUCUAAGAAGUUCCAGUCGUUCAUUGAGAGUUGCUUGGUGAAGAGUCAUGGUCAGAGACCCAGCACAGAGCAGCUGUUGAAGCACCCCUUCAUCAGAGAGCUGCCCAACGAACGACAGAUCCGCAUCCAACUGAAGGACCAUAUCGACAGAACCAAGAAGAAACGUGGAGAGAGGGAUGAAACAGAGUAUGAGUACAGUGGCAGUGAGGAAGAGGAGGAGGAACGGGACAUGGGGGAGCCAAGCUCCAUCAUCAACGUCCCUGGAGAGUCGACGUUAAGGCGGGACUUCCUGCGGCUGCAGCUGGCCAAUAAGGAGCGUUCUGAGGCUCUGCGGAGGCAGCAGUUGGAGCAACAGCAGAACGAGGAACACAAACGUCUCCUGUUGGCAGAACGACAGAAACGCAUUGAGGAGCAGAAAGAACAGAGGAGGAGACUGGAGGAGCAACAGCGUAGGGAGCGUGAGAUGAGGAAGCAACAGGAGAGAGAACAGAGGAGACGCUAUGAAGAGAUGGAACAACUACGGAGAGAUGAGGAGAGGAGGCACGCAGAGAGAGAACAGAUACACACACAGGAGUAUAUCCGUAGGCAGCUGGAGGAGGAGCAAAGACAGCUGGAGAUUCUACAGCAACAACUACUCCAGGAGCAGGCUCUACUGAUGGAGUACAAGCGUAAGCAGAUGGAGGAGCAGCAUCAGGCUGAGCGUCUCCAGAGACAGCUGCAGCAGGAGAGAGCCUACCUGGUGUCCUUGCAGCAGCAGCAGGAGCCAAGGCCACAAGACACCAAACAGCUCUACCACUACAAAGACACAGCCCCCAAUAACGACAAACCUGCCUGGGCCAAGGAGGUAAUGCGUCAAACCCAGAGUAGCUCACCUCGUAUUCCUCCCAUUAAGCACCAGUCCUUUAACCAGCCUCGAGAUGCCAUCCUCGAGAUGCCAUCCUCGAGAUGCCAACCUCGAGAUGCCAGCCUAGCACUCCUCCUGUUCCCUGGUUACACCCCCUGCUCCCGUCCCCCCUCUUACCCUGCCCAAUCAAGUCCCUCCAGGGAGAGGCUUCUCCAAUCUGAAGGCAAUAGUGUGACCGUUCCGUGUAUACGUGUGUCCUUCGCCCCUGAUCCUGCCCCUGACUCCUCUCAUCCAAUCAUGCGUCGCCCUGAGGCCAGAAGGAAGAGCCCUGAGGGAGAAGUUCAGGAGUUGAGGGGGAGGUGUCCAGGUCGACGGGUGGAGGAGCGUUCCAAGCUGAACAGACAGAGUUCUCCAGGUCUGCAUCACAAAGUGUCCAACCGUAUUUCCGACCCAUCCCUGCCUCCCCGCUCCGAGUCCUUCAGCAGCGGGGGCAUUCAGCAGGCCCGAACACCACCCAUGCACCGCUCUACAGAACCACAGAUGGCCCACCUGGUACAGGUGAAGUUCCAUGGUCUGUCUGGGUCCCAGUCUCUCCAUGACCCUGCCGGGGUCACAGGCUUGUCGCCCUCCCCGUCCCCCUCCCCCGGCCGCCCCCCCAUGCCCCGCCAGAACUCUGACCCCACCUCAGACACCCCUUCUCCUAUUCCUCUCCCCCGACUCGCUCCCCCACUCGACAAACUGGACCGCAGCUCUUGGCUACGAACGGACCUAGACCUACCUCCCAAGGUGCCCCAGAGGACCACGUCUAUCUCUCCAGCCCUGGUCAGGAAGCACUCUCCUGGGAGUGGACCUGGGGGCCUUGCUCCUAGAGCUGGAUCACACCUGAUACGGGCCAGUAACCCAGACCUGCGGAGGACUGAUGUCUCCAUGGAAACACCCCUGAAGAGGACAAACAGCAGCAGCUCAUCCAGCUCCUCCCAGGGGGGAAGCAACGAGAGAGGGGCGGAGGGGUCUAUGGCGCCGCCCCAGGAGACCAAAGAAGAGAACAGAGAUGUGACACUGACACGACCUAGCAGGCCCGCAAGUUAUAAGAGAGCUGUAGAUGAGGACCUGACAGCUCUGGCCAAGGAGCUGAGGGAGCUGCGUCAGGGGGAGGAACCUAACCGCCCGCCCGUCAAGGUGACGGACUACUCCUCGUCCAGUGAUGAGUCACAGAGCGACGAGGACGGAGAGGAGGGAGGGGGAAGAAGUAACGACGGCUCUGUGUCUGUCAGCGACAUCCCACGCAUCAUGCCGGCUGCAGGGCAGAGUGGCGGUGAGUCGUACGGUGUGAUGGGAGGACAUGAUGAUUCCCACGGCAACAGUUCCCAAGACAGCUCCCUGAUGAUGAGAGAGACCUAUGGGGACAGGAGGCGGAGCUCCGCUCUGGCUGACAGCAACGGUUUCUUCGGCAACGCCAAUCUGCCCGAUCUGGUGCAGCAAAGCCCUUCCCCCCUGGUCUCCCCUGGCAAUGGCUCUGGGCGCAGCCACUCCGAAUACGGCAUGGGCAGUGGCAGUGGCUCCAAGUCCUCCUCCUUCACGCCAUUCGUUGAUCCACGAGUCUACGGAACCUCCCCCACUGAUGAUGAUGAUGAUGAAAACUCUGCGUCCGCCCACUUUGCGAAUGAGCUGCUGCUUCAGGAGCAGGCUAGACUGAACGAGGCCAGAAAGAUCAGCGUGGUCAACGUGAACCCGACCAACAUACGACCUCACAGCGACACGCCUGAGAUACGCAAAUACAAGAAACGCUUCAACUCUGAGAUACUGUGUGCUGCUCUCUGGGGUGUGAACCUGCUGGUGGGGACAGAGAACGGUCUGAUGUUGCUGGACCGUAGUGGUCAGGGGAAGGUCUAUAACCUGAUCAACCGCCGACGCUUCCAACAGAUGGACGUUCUGGAGGGACUCAAUGUCCUAGUCACCAUAUCAGGGAAGAAGAAUAAGUUGCGUGUGUACUACCUGUCCUGGCUGAGGAACAGGAUAUUACACAAUGACCCUGAGGUGGAGAAGAAGCAGGGCUGGGUCACUGUGGGAGAGCUGGAGGGCUGUGUACACUACAAAGUUGUGAAGUAUGAGAGGAUCAAGUUUCUGGUCAUCGCUCUGAAGAACUCAGUGGAGAUCUUUGCCUGGGCACCCAAACCCUACCACAAGUUCAUGGCUUUCAAGUCGUUCACUGACCUGCAGCACCACCCCCAGCUGGUUGACCUGACGGUGGAGGAGGGUCAGAGGUUAAAGGUUAUCUAUGGCUCCAGCGUCGGGUUCCAUGUCAUUGAUGUCGACUCUGGCAACCCUUAUGACAUCUACAUUCCCUCCCACAUUCAGAGUCAGGUGACGCCCCAUGCCAUCGUGGUGCUGCCGCGGACCGACGGGAUGGAGAUGCUGCUGUGUUACGAAGACGAGGGCGUCUACGUCAACACCUACGGACGCAUCACUAAAGACGUGGUGCUGCAGUGGGGAGAGAUGCCCACGUCUGUUGCCUACAUCCACUCCAACCAGAUCAUGGGCUGGGGAGAGAAGGCCAUUGAGAUCCGCUCCGUGGAGACGGGACACCUCGACGGAGUUUUCAUGCACAAGCGAGCUCAGCGACUGAAGUUCCUGUCGGAGAGGAACGACAAGGUGUUUUUCGCCUCUGUGCGUUCCGGCGGCAGCAGCCAAGUCUUCUUCAUGACCCUGAACCGGAGCUCUAUGAUGAACUGGUAACCCUGGCAAACCCUCCUUACUUCUUCCCUCCAUACUGUACAUACCUAACCAGAGGUCAGGGUGGAGGGAUGAAGAGAGAGAACUGAGACAGACGAGUGAACACAGAGCGGCUGGCGGCUCAGCAGAGACGGGAGGAGAGAAACAGUCUCCCAUCCAACUCCCAUCCAGGCAGACAUCUGCAGUAGCAACCUACAACCACAAGAGGAACCAGAGAGAAACAGCAACUCUCCAGAUCACGCUCAGACAACACUCUUUCUCUCUGUUGUCUUAGUUUCUCUCGGGCUCUGUCCGAGAUGGCCCUCUAUUUCCUACAUAGUGCAAAUCUUUUGGUCAGAGUAGGCAUUUUGGACGUAGCCUCAGUGUUUAUCCCAGGUGUUUUUGUUUUUGGGAGGUAGUGACAGGAUGUGCUAGUGUAGUCUCCCUAAUGAGGUCAGGGGUCAGCGACCAAGGGUAUUGUCAUGACCCCUGACCUUUGUGUAUAUAUGGUGGGGGUGAGUGUAGAUUCCUGACUGCUGGAGCAGUUAACAAAAUAUCAAUAUUGUCACCAAUGGUCACCAAAAAAAAUGAUACUCUUGGCAUAGAUGCCAUUCUUGUUCUAGUUCACUUGUGCUCCCCACUUUCUCUGCGAAUGUUCUAUUUGACAGUCAAUCUAUUUGCCGUAUUUCUAUCGUUACACAUUUGUAAAUGCCACAUUCUAUGAUCUGAAACAGACCUGCUUUCCUAUCGGACACUCUUCCACUGAGACAGAACAAGAGAGGACAGACAAAAGGAAGACAGUGGAUGAUGAGAGACCGAAAGCAGUCUGAGUUUGUUGAGUUGAUCUUCCUCCUGAAUUUCAGCCUGUUUUGGUGGGAGUUUUGGCCUUCCAUGGUGACAUCACUAUUUUUGUAAAUUAGUUAGACCAAUAAGAAAGAGUUCCAAUCCUUUCUGCCAAUAGCAGCUCAUUUUGUUUCCCCCUUUACCACUCAAACCACUCCCAGACAGUACUAGCAAAAUUAUUGCUUAAGAAAUGUUUCUUUUUUUUACCAUUUUAAUAGAAAACAAUCACAGUAAGGUACUUAAUUGUUACCCAGAAAUGAUUUGAUAUGUAGAUAAAAAUGGCUGCAUUGGACAGACGUAUGGGUUGGUUAAUGGUCAAACUUCUUCCUACAUGCCACCUCUUUUCUCCAGCUCUUCCCCGGUCUCCUUUGGUUCACCUGGUUCUGUACAUGGUGCGUAGUGACACAUCUGUCUCUGUUGGUUCACCUGCUUCUGUACAUGUGCAUAGUGACACCUAUACUACUUGUCAUCAUCAAUCCUGACUUCUAAACUAAGGCAAUACACAGGUCUAACUGGAGAGAUGCGUGGUUGGGACGAUUCAUUUUCCAAAAUGAGACCCACCAUGUUAGCGUCAGUCAGGACCUUACACAGGUCGUUUAAAUGUACUCAAACUAGCUUUAGACGGCCAGGUAGAAUGACCACACUAUGAAUCUCCACCAUUAAGUUGAAUCACAUGUAGUCUUCUAGGAUACAGUGUCUGACUCUGUAACAUAAGAUCUGCCAAGGUAGUUGGUGAAAGUGGAGGAGGGUGUCUGUGUGUACUGAACCAAUGAUGAUGAUUGACUACUGAUGUGGCGUUGUAUGUAACGCAGGGUAAUAGGCAUGAGCCUCCUCCAUCCACUAAUCGCUUACCUCUUCAGUCGUCAUAGAUCUGAAAGGACUGGAUAAAUAUGUGUGACCGACCGGUGUAUGAACCUGGGUCGGCAGACCUCUUGCUUUUUCCUAUCUAGUCCUGUCAGGAGUAUUGGUUAGAGAGAAGGGGGUUGAUUCCAAGAAACCGUAGGAGAAAUAUGAUUAAGCAUUUCGUUAUAUCUGACUGAUCAUUUAGAAAAAGACAGCCAUCAUGUUCAUACUAUAAGGCUUUCUACAGAAUAGAGAAGAUGGUUUAAGGGAUUUCUAAAAUGUUUUUAUCGUGGUAUAAUUUGUAUUUAAAUUUUUUGUAAGUAUCAGAGUAUGUGUGUGCAUAUGAGACUUGUCUUCCCUGCUAACAGUACAGGAUUAAACUCUGCCACUGUUAAGACCGUCUGUUCGUUGAGUGACUGAGUGUGUGCCUUCAUCUCAUCUGAAUCACUGGGACAAUAACCCCGCCCCCAGACUGGUACUCCACUCCACUAUGUGAUGUUGAAACGUAACUGUCCUUCCUUGUACAGACAUGAUUACAGAGACGUCCUCUACUGCUUUACUUUACUGUCUGGAUGUCUUCUGAAAUCUAAAAUGCACAGCAGCACCAUCACACACUGUUGGCCAUGUAAUUCCCUCCCUGCCAACUUUGUCUCCCAUCUUGAGCUCCCUAACACACACAUUAUUCUUUCAGAGGUGCCGGUACUCAAGCUGUAGCAAAUGAGAAGAGCCUGAUCUCUGUACCAGUACCGGUCAGCACCAGCCCACUUCAACCACUGGUCUGAGAGCAGUUCUCCAGUGUUCUGUUCUGGUUGUCUGCAUGUAAAAGUGUGGGGAGAGCAGAUCAGGACUGACUGCAGUAGGCCUUCUCAUAGCUUCUUUAGACUUUUUUUGGCCUCAGCUCACAUCACAAAUAUUUGUUUUUCAAUUAGUGAGAACAUUGAUAAGGGAACACAAUGUUAGGAUGGUAUCUGUACACUGGAUCCUAGCGUCCUUACAGUUUAGCAAUAAAGAGAACUAACUACUGACUUAAUGUUCUGACACCGAGGCACAGAGGGAGGUAGUGUGUAUGGCUGAUGAACAUGGAUACAUGUGAUUACUGAUGGUGAUUAAUGUGAUUCUGGAUGCUUUUUGUUUGACUUUUCAAUGUAACCUACUGACACACACACACUUCAUGUUUCCAAAUGACAACAUGCAUUAAAGAUGUGCUGUGUGAAUGA